CUCUCAUUGGACUGCGAUUCACAGCCAAACUGUCAGCCCAUGUGGCGUGGCUACCGAGGAUGUCAGACAUUUAAAUGAAACAGACAGCGGGGACGCAGGAGGGCGAGAGUAAUGUUUUAGGGCUUGGCCGAGGGGGACAUCACCGUAACUCUGUACAGAAAGAAUAAGAGGAAUAUAUAGGUCAUCCCAAUCCUUAAGGAUCUGCGUGGGAGAUACUUAAACUGCACAUCCAGAAUCAAACUCUAAGCAGACAUGGAAGAAAUUGUUAUAGCUGGAAUUUCGGGUCGUCUUCCUGAGUCUAACAAUUUGGAAGAAUUUUGGCAAAACCUAUUCAAUGGAGUGGACAUGGUCACAGAAGAUGACAGGCGGUGGAAACCAGGUCUGUACGGUCUUCCUCGAAGAAACGGAAAACUCAAAGAAAUCGACAGAUUUGAUGCAGCGUUUUUUGGGGUGCAUCCCAAACAGGCCCACACCAUGGACCCACAGCUAAGGCUUAUGCUAGAGAUAUCGUACGAAGCUAUCGUCGAUGGAGGCAUAAACCCGGUGUCCAUGCGUGGCAGUAAGACUGGCGUCUACAUUGGCGUAAGUGGAUCAGAAGCAGGAGAAGCCUUCAGUAAAGACCCAGAAGAGUUGCUGGGCUACAGCAUGACGGGCUGCCAGCGUGCCAUGUUUGCCAACCGCUUGUCUUACUUCUUUGAUUUCAAUGGUCCCAGCACAGCCAUUGACACCGCAUGUUCAUCUAGUCUCCUGGCACUGGAAAAUGCCUUUAAUGCAAUUCGCCAUGGCCAGUGUGAUUCGGCACUUGUGGGCGGAGUCAACCUGCUGCUCAAGCCCAACACCUCGGUUCAGUUCAUGAAACUGGGCAUGCUCAGUCCUGAGGGAACAUGCAAGUCAUUUGAUGCCUCAGGUAAUGGGUAUUGUCGGUCAGAGGCUGCCGUUGCAGUACUUUUGACCAAGAAGUCAAUGGCAAAGAGAAUCUACGCUACAGUUCUGAAUGCAGGCAAUAACACAGACGGCUACAAAGAGCAAGGUGUGACCUUUCCAUCAGGUGACAUGCAGCAGCGUCUGGUCCGUUCCCUUUACCAGGAGGCCAACAUCUCACCUGAGCAGGUGGAAUACAUUGAGGCACAUGGCACCGGUACAAAGGUUGGGGAUCCUCAGGAAGUGAAUGGCAUUGUCAGUGUGUUCUGUCAGUCACAGAGGGAUCCCCUGCUGAUCGGCUCAACCAAAUCUAAUAUGGGACACCCAGAGCCUGCCUCUGGAUUGGCAGCUCUAGCCAAGGUGGUAUUAUCACUGGAACAUGGUGUCUGGGCUCCCAACAUCCAUUUCCAUGAGCCAAACCCUGAUAUUCCCGCUCUGACUGACGGCCGGGUACGAGUGGUGACGGAGCCCAUACCCGUUCGUGGUGGCAUCGUGGGCGUCAACUCGUUUGGCUUUGGCGGCUCAAACGUCCACUUGAUCCUGCGUCCGCAUGGUCCUAAGGUACUAGAUCAGACCCCACCUCCUGCAAUCCCCAGACUCGUACAGGUACCUGGCCGCACCGAGGAAGCGGUCACAACUCUUCUCAACAAGGCCCAGGAGCAGAAGGAGAACCAAAGCUUUCUGUCUUUAUUGAAUGAAGUGUCUGGAGUUCCCACAGCUGCCAUGCCUUUCAGAGGAUAUACACUGACUGGAGCACAGGGAGAAGUUCGAGAGGUUCAGCAGAACCAACCUACACCCAGGCCCCUCUGGUACAUCUGCUCAGGUAUGGGUACGCAAUGGGCAGGUAUGGGCCAGAGCCUAAUGCAGGUGCCGGAGUUUCGGGAGUCGAUCCUGCGUUCGGACAUCGCUAUGAAGGAAACCGGGCUGUGUGUGUCCCGACUGCUCAUGGAUGCCGAUGAGAGCACUUUUGAAGACACUGUCCAUGCAUUUGUUGGCCUUGCAGCCAUACAGGUUGCCCAAAUUGACAUGUUGCAGAAGAUGGGUCUACAGCCUGAUGGGAUCGUGGGACACUCUGUUGGAGAGCUAGCGUGUGGAUACGCAGACGGAUCCCUGAGCCACAGCGAGGCCGUUUUAGCUGCUUACUGGAGAGGACGCUGCAUUAAAGAAGCAAACCUUCCUGCGGGGGGCAUGGCUGCCGUCGGCCUAACUUGGGAAGAAUGUAAAGCUCAGUGCCCACAGGGUGUCGUUCCUGCUUGUCACAAUGCUGAAGACACGGUUACCAUUUCAGGCCCUCAGGAGUCUGUCACCAAGUUUGUUGCCGAGCUGAAGGAGAGCGGCGUGUUUGCCAAAGAAGUACGAAGCGCUGGCGUUGCUUUUCAUUCGUAUUAUAUGGCUUCCAUCGCUCCUGCCCUCCUGUCUGCACUGCAGAAGGUCAUUAAGAGCCCAAGACCUCGUUCAGCACGUUGGAUCAGCACAUCCAUCCCACAGGCAGACUGGGAGUCCCCACUAGCACUUUACUCUUCUGCCGAGUACCACGUCAAUAACUUGGUCAGUCCUGUUCUCUUUCAGGAGGGACUUAACCUUGUGCCGGACAACGCGGUGGUGAUCGAAAUCGCUCCGCACGCCUUGCUGCAGGCCAUCCUGAAGCGAAGCCUAAAACCCACAUGCUCCAUUCUACCUCUCAUGAAAAGAGGACAUGCCAACAAUCUGGAGUUCUUCCUGUCUCAUGUGGGCAAGAUGUACAUGAAUGGAAUUAACGUGGACAGUAAUAAUUUGUAUCCGUCUGUGAAAUACCCUGUACCUAAGGGUACCCCACUCAUCUCUCCUCACAUUCAAUGGGAUCAUUCCCAAAUCUGGGAUGUGCCAAAGGUGGAGGACUUCCCUGCUGGUUCAGGGGGGUCCACCUCAGCCACCGUCUACAAUAUUGAUAUGAACCCAGAGUCUCCUGAUUACUACAUGAUCGGUCAUUGCAUUGAUGGACGAGUGCUGUACCCAGCCACAGGGUAUCUGGUUUUAGCCUGGAGGACUCUGAUGAGAUCUCUGGGCACAGUCAUGGAACGCACCCCUGUUACAUUUGAAGACGUCACCAUCCAUAGAGCCACCAUCCUACCCAAGACAGGGUCUGUACAGUUGGAGGUGCGGCUCAUGCCUGCCACAAACCGUUUUGAAGUGUCCGAGAAUGGAAACCUAGCCGUCAGUGGUAGGGUAAUCGUUUUGGAGGAUGCUGCACUUGACACCUUCCAUGCUGAGUUAACCAAGCCAAUGACGACAGACCAGGAAGACCCUAAACUGCGUUUGAAAUCUGGAGACAUCUAUAAAGAGUUGCGUCUGCGUGGAUAUGACUAUGGCAAAACCUUCCAGGGCAUCCUUGAAUCCAACAAUGCUGGUGACUCUGGAAAGCUUCACUGGACGGGUAACUGGGUAACGUUUUUGGACACCAUGCUACAAAUGAUCGUGGUGGGGCUGCCCGGUCGUAGCUUGAGACUGCCAACGCGUAUCCGCUCUGUGUGUGUGGACCCCAUACUUCACGAGGAGAAAUUAAAAGAGUACACUGAUGACCAGAAAGCCGCUGAUGUCCAUGUUAACCGUUGCCUGGAUAACAUCACAGCCGGAGGAGUUCAGAUCUGCGGCCUUCACGCUACCGUGGCACCACGUCGCCAACAGCAGCAGACUCCGCCCACUUUGGAGGAGUUUGCCUUUGUUCCAUAUGUGGAGUCAGAUUGUCUGAGGAGCAGUGAGAAGCUUGGAGAGCAGCUGAGGCAUUGCAAAGGUCUAGUACAGCGUCUCCAGAAGAAGCUGGCCAAUCAGGGAGUAAAGAUCUCAAUCCCUGGAUUAGAUGAUGUUGCGGAGGGACAGCUGAUUGGUGCGGAGGCAGAGAAAGGUCUGUUGCGGCUGCUGUCGCUUCUGUGCGGGCUGGAGCUGAACGGUAACCUGCGCUCUGAGCUGGAACAGACGGUGCAGAAGGAGAGGGACUGUCUGCUGAACGACCCUCUGCUGAACGGCCUGCUGGACUCUCAGGCGUUACGGCACUGCUUGGAUACGGCUCUGGAGAACAGCACAGCUGGAAAACUCAAAGUUCUGGAGGCUUUAUCCACCGAUGGUCGUGUCUUUUCCCGGGCUGUUAACCUCCUCAACAUCCAGCCAAUGUUGCGUCUGGACUACACUGCUUCGGACAUCUCCACUGAUCGGCUGAAUGCCCACCAGAGCUCCCUGGAGGAGCAGGGCAUUUCGUCUGCUCAGUGGGAUCCUCUGCAGGGCCCGGCAACAGGCGGUUUGGUCGGGGCUGAUCUUGUUGUAUGUAACGCUGCGGUAGGACCUGUGGCGAACCCUUCAUUGAUGAUAGAGAACAUGGCUUCUGCUGCAAGGGAGGGCGGUUUUGUGUUGCUCCACACCUUACUGAGUGGAGAAACUCUGGGGGAGACGGUAGCCUUCCUCACAUCUCAAAAUAACCGGGAUGGAUUGUUGACUCAGGCUGAAUGGGAGAAGCUCUUCCAGCAGGCGUCUUUAAAUGUGGUCAUGCUAAGAAAAUCAUACUACGGCUCAGCUCUGUUCCUCUGCCGUCGACAGAUCCCUCAAAAACAGCCCAUUACUAUUUCUGUGGACUCCACUGACUACAAAUGGGUGGAGAUGCUAAAGAGCACUUUGGCGACGUCAUCUGAUAGCCCGGUCUGGCUGACGGCCACUCAUGGUCAUAAUGGAGUGGUCGGGAUGGUGAACUGCCUCAGACAGGAGCCUGGAGGAAACCGCAUACGGUGUGCGUUUGUUUCUAAUCUAAGUAAAAGCGCUCCAGUCCCCUCCCUUGUUUCUACCCAUAAGGACUUGGAGGCAGUGUUGCAGAAAGAUCUGAUGAUGAAUGUGUAUCGUGAUGGGAAGUGGGGCGUUUUCAGGCACCAGUUGCUCUCUAAAGAUCUGAGUGAGGAGUUAACCGAGCAGGCGUAUGUGAAUGUCCUGACACGGGGUGAUCUCUCAUCAUUGCGCUGGAUCGCUUCACCGCUGCGUCACUUUGUCCCUUCAAACCCUAACGUGCAGCUGUGCCGUGUCUACUACGCCUCCCUCAACUUUAGAGACAUCAUGCUGGCCACGGGCAAACUACCUCCAGACGCCAUUCCUGGAGAUGUAGCACUGCAGCAGUGCAUGCUGGGAAUGGAGUUUUCAGGGCGAGACCCCAGUGGUCAACGUGUGAUGGGUUUACUGCCAGCUAAAGGCCUGGCCACAUGUGUGGAUGCAGACAAACGCUUCCUGUGGGAUGUACCUACAAGCUGGACGUUGGAGCAGGCCGCCUCCGUUCCAGUGGUGUACGCCACGGCGUAUUACUCUCUGGUGGUGAGAGGACGUCUGAGGUCUGGAGAAAGCGUGCUGAUCCACUCGGGCUCUGGAGGGGUGGGGCAGGCAGCCAUUGCCAUCGCACUCAGCAUGCGCUGCAGGGUCUUCACAACAGUGGGUUCAGGAGAGAAGAGAGCGUACCUGCAGGAGAGAUUCCCUCAGCUCACUGCUGAAUCCUUUGCUAAUUCCAGAGAUGCGUCAUUUGAACAGCAUGUGUUGCUCCACACUCAAGGCAAAGGAGUUGACCUGGUGCUUAACUCGCUUGCCGAAGAGAAACUGCAAGCGAGCUUGCGUUGCUUGGCCAGACAUGGCCGUUUCCUGGAGAUCGGCAAAUAUGACCUCUCCAACAACACACCGCUGGGUAUGGCUCUGUUCCUCAAGAACGUGGCUUUUCAUGGCAUCCUGCUUGAUGCUUUGUUCGAAGAGGGAAACAGGGAAUGGGAGGAGGUAUCCGAGCUCUUAAAGACUGGAAUUGACAGUGGGGUGGUGCAGCCGUUACGCACCACUGUCUUUGAGAGAAACCAAGUGGAGGAUGCUUUCCGCUACAUGGCUCAGGGCAAGCACAUCGGCAAGGUCCUACUGCAGGUACGCUCGGAAGAGAAGAGCAGCACCGUUUCUGCAACAUCUCCUCUUUCCAUCCCCGCUAUCUGCCGUACCUUCUGUCCUGCAUCUCUCUCAUACAUCAUCACUGGAGGUCUAGGUGGUUUUGGGUUGGAGCUGGCUCAUUGGCUCACGGAGAGAGGUGCUCGCAAACUGGUGCUGACAUCCCGGUCUGGCAUCCGCAAUGGAUAUCAGGCCAAGCGUGUUCGGGAGUGGCAGGCCAUGGGCAUCCAGGUCCUCGUUUCCACAAGUGAUGUCAGCACCCUGGAAGGAACGGAGCGGCUCAUCACCGAAGCUUGCCGAUUGGGACCAGUUGGUGGCAUCUUCCACCUCGCUAUGGUUCUUAAAGAUGGCAUGUUAGAGAAUCUGACUCCACAGGAGUUCAUCGACGUCAAUAAACCCAAAUACGAUGGAACCAUCAAUCUUGACCGUGUGACUAGGCAGAAGUGUCCACAGCUUCAACAGUUUGUGGUUUUCUCCUCGGUGAGUUGUGGUCGCGGUAACGCUGGCCAGAGCAACUACGGAUUCGCCAACUCCACUAUGGAGCGAGUGUGCGAGCAACGUCGUCAUGACAACCUGCCGGGCCUGGCCAUACAGUGGGGUGCCAUUGGUGAUGUCGGUGUCGUUUUGGAGACCAUGGGUGGCAAUGAUUCAGUAAUUGGUGGAACGUUGCCCCAGCGGAUGGCUUCCUGUUUGGAGGUGCUGGAUAGGUUCCUGUGUCAGCAGAGGCCUGUAAUGUCCAGCUUCGUGCUGGCAGAGAGGGUUGUAGUCGCCAAAGGAGACGGAGGUGGACAGAAGGACCUGGUUGAGGCUGUGGCUCACAUUCUAGGUGUGCGCGAUGUGAGCAGUCUGAACGCUGACGCCUCAUUGGCCGAUUUGGGUCUUGACUCCCUAAUGGGCGUGGAGGUUAGACAAACAUUGGAGAGGGACUAUGACAUUGUCAUGGCGAUGAGGGAAAUCCGACAACUAACCAUUAACAAGCUAAGGGAGCUAUCCAGCCAAUCAGGAGGCUCAGAAGAAUCCCGAUCUUCUCCCGCAAAGCGUUCCGGUGCUCAGGCUCUGCUCGAAUCAGAUCUGAACCAGAUACUUGUGAACCCGGAUGACCCCACUGUUACCUCGCUGAAUGAGGUCCAGAGUGCAGAAAGGCCCUUAUUUCUCAUUCACCCCAUCGAGGGCUCCAUCUCAGCCUUCCGGACUCUCACUGCCAAGCUUAGCGUGCCGUGCUAUGGACUGCAGUGCACCAAAGCUGCUCCACUCGACAGUAUCCAGAGUCUUGCUUCAUACUACGUGGAUUGUGUGAGGCAGGUGCAGCCGGAGGGGCCGUAUCGCAUUGCUGGGUACUCUUUUGGCGCAUGCGUGGCUUUUGAGAUGUGCUCUCAGCUGCAGGCAGCCAAAUGUCCCGUUGAAUACCUGUUUCUGUUUGACGGAUCACAUUCUUAUGUGGCGGCAUAUACACAGAGCUACAGGGCCAAAUUGACCCCUGGCAAGGAGUCUGAAGCGGAGACCGAAGCUUUGUGCGCCUUCAUACAGCAAUUCACCGGAAUUGAGUACAACAAGCUUUUGGAGACGUUGUUACCUUUGUCAGACCUGGAGGCUCGCGUAAACAAGGCUGUGGAUCUGAUCACAUCCAGCCAUAAGAACGUCAGUCGAGAUUUGCUUCACUUUGCUGCAUCGACCUUUUACUACAAACUCAAGGCUGCUGACGGAUACGUUCCAGCCUCAAAGUAUCACGGCAAUGUUACGCUGCUAAGAGCCAAAGCCAGCAGCGAAUAUGGCGACAGCUUAGGGUCUGACUACAAACUUCACGAGGUGUGUGAUGGAAAGGUUUCAGUUCAUGUGAUCGAAGGUGACCAUCGGUCCUUCCUGGAGGGAGAAGGCGUAGAAUCCAUUUCGGGAAUCAUCCACAGCUCAUUGUCCGAGCCCAGAGUGAGCGCCAGAGUGGGCUAAUCCUUCUCUACCAACCAUAACUACUGUUUUUUUUCACCCCAAUUUUUUUGGUUUCAAUUUGUUUUGAAGUCAACAAAAUACUGUAUACUUUGCAUAUUUCACCAACCACAGCAAACUUUAUUCACCCAUUGCAUCUUCUAGACAUCAUCUAGUUGUUUCUUUUCUUGGCACUUAAAGUUUAUAUUCCGCUGGGAACAACAGAUCGCAUGAGAGUCUUGGGCGGAUCUAGGUCGGCAGCUCCGGUGCGGAUCCACUUUUGGAGUCAAUUGCUAUCUGAAGCGAUCGCUCACCCAAAAAUGAAAAUACUGCCAUUUACCCACCUUUUAAGUUUUGCACACCUGUAUACGUUUUGUUUUGCUGUAAUUUUGUAAUCAAGCAUGAAGCAGGAGCACCAUUGAUUUCCAUAAUAGGCAAAAAUAUUAUGGAAGUCAUUGGUGCUGACAACUGUUUGGUUACAAAAUAUCUUCCAUUCUUCAGCAAAAAAAGAAAAUUAUACGGUUUAGUAUUGUUCAAGUUGAGGGUGAGUAAAUGAUAACGUAACUUUCAUUUUUUGGUGAACUAUCCAUUUAAAUCAACGGUUCAAUCGGCUUUUCCAUUUUCUUUCCUGAAUGAUCAUUUAUUAAUGUGAAUUCAAAUGCCCUCUUUAUUGUUAAUAUCAUCAUACAAAUAUAACCUAGCAUGCGAUUUUAGUGAAGGAUCAAUUACCCUAUGUAGUGCCUAGAUGUAGUGAUUGAUCCCCUUUUACGCAUAUAGCUUGACAUUUAAAAGUCUGUUAAAGGUUGCGGCAGCAUCCGUUCCUGGAUAUUCAUGCUAAUGCCAUAGCUAACCUGAUGAUGCGGACGGCAAAUGUAAAGCUUUCAGUGCAUACGAAUUUACAAAAUGGCUGUUUUGAGAAUCUAGUUACGCACUUAGCUGAGAACGCUGUUUACCAGUUGUGAGCAACUAUAGCUCACAUCUUUUGCUUAUGUUUACUUGUGUAGCGGUUUUUCUUGUUAUAAAUGAUAUGUGCUGGUUUUCUUGAUGUUGCUGUUGAACUUCUAAAAUGAUGCUGCAAUGAUUGUGCAAUUAGUAUGUAUUGAAAAGGGAAAUGUGUACGAAAAGAAAAUCCUGUAACAUUCCUGUAAUUUAAGUAAUGAGAGCUAUUUAAUUGACGUGUGUAGACCGCAAAAAAAACACUUUAUUGUUACUUAAUGUCUCAAAUAUUGUACAUGAGAACAAGCUAAUAAUCUAAAGCAAAGUCCAAUCAUGUAACUUAUGUGAAGUACUACUGUAUAUUUCUGAUGCUCGGCAAUCCAGACUUGUACGAAAAUGAUGCUUUACUGCUUCUAUGAGUAACUAAUAACUGGAUUAACUGGAAUAUUAACCUUGUUUUGAAGUUUUUUUUUAUCCUCUUUUUGAGGAUGGUACAAACAUUCCUUAUUGUUACAAGUGUCUCCCAAAUACGUAUAUGUGUAUACGUCGUCCCAAAAUGUUGUGUUAUUAAUUAACCUCUUUAAUACUUUAGAUCCAGCUUUAAUAAGAUCUUUAGUAGUAAUGUUAGUUUUAAUAUAUUCAUAUUGUGGCCAUCCUACAUACAAGCUUAGUUUACCUUUACAUUUUCUUGUGCUUGAGCGAAAUUAUAGACAUUGUUGAUGACUUUCUCAUUUUUAGAAAAAAAAUCACUACGUAUUUCUGAGAUUAAUGUUCAAUGACGAACUGUGUGAUUUUAUCUAAUGUGCUUACAGCAAAACUAAAGAAACUAGAAAACGUAUUUUUCUGUGAUCAUUUUUUUUCUUUUGGUGUUUUGUUCAGGUAUUUAUUGCACUAGUCUAAAUAAAAGCUAUUACUAACACAAACAA